AUUAAAGAGGAAGAGGAGGAAAUCUGCACCAAUCAGGAGCAGGAGCAGCUUGAACUGAAGCAGGAAGGUUUGAUGUCGACUUCUGAGAGUGAAGACAGUGAUUCCAUGGAAUCAGACAGUGACAAGCUCCUCUCUUCUGUAUCUGAGAGUGAAGAUCGGACAGCUGACAAGAGAAAAGCAAGUAAAGGUACAGGUAAAAAUCCCUAUAUUUGCAACAUUUGUAAGAAAUCCUUUGCACGUAAAAGUACCUUGAUCGUCCACAAAAAAACUCACACAGGUGAGAAGCCCCACAUGUGCGACAUUUGUAAGAAAUGUUUUGCACGCAAAAAUACUUUGUUGUACCACAUCAAAACUCACACAGGUGAGAAGCCAUGUUCUUGUGAAACAUGUGGAAAGUCUUUUAGACAAAAUUCGCAUUUGAUACAUCACCAAAGAAUUCACACGCGUGAGAAGCCCUAUAUUUGUAACAUUUGUAAGAAAUGUUUUGCACUAAAACGUACCUUGGUGGAUCACAUGAGAACCCAUACUGGUCAGAAGCCCCAUGUUUGCAACAUUUGUAAGAAAUCUUUUGCACGUAGAGGUGUCUUGACGCACCACAUGAAAACACACACAGGGGAAAGGCCCCAUAUGUGUGACAUUUGUAAGAAAUGUUUUGCGCGUAAAGAUUGCUUGAUAGUCCACCAAAGAACUCACGCCGAUGAGAAGUCAUUUUCUUGUGAAACAUGUGGAAAUAGUUUUCCAGACUUGUCGCAAUUGAUAUACCACAGAAGUACCCACACAGGUGAAGAGCCCCAUGUUUGCAAAGUUUGUAAGAAAUGCUUUGCGCGUAAAGAAGGCUUGAUGGGGCACAUGAGGACUCACACUGGUGAAAAACCCCAUAUUUGCGACAUCUGUGAGAGAAGCUUUGCACGUAAAGAUAGCUUGACUGUCCACAUGAGGACUCACAGGUGAGAAGCCAUAUGCCACUGCAGUAUCCGUUGAAAAUCAUUUGGCAACAUCGCACAUUUUUAGAAGAAUUUACGUACCCAUUUUAAGAUUUGUGAAAAGGUUUACUCGUUUGACACCUCAUGUGAACAGACUCCAAUGAUUAUCAGUUAGGAACACAUCAUGUACAAGCAGAGUAGUGUUUUUUGUUUCCAUUAUAUGUGCGAGAGCUUUUAUUUGUGGAGAUUUAUGAACAAACCACACAGGAACUGCUGAGUGAAGAGAGAAUCAACUUCAGCCUUUGUAAGAAAAGGUGGUUUUAGAGAAUUUUUAAACCCAGAAGAAACCAUUGAGGCAAAAACUUCACACUGAGAAGACGUGUUCACAGUAUCCAUUUUAUUAAGCGUUUCGAUUUGAUUAAACUAGCCCUUUUUUUUGGUUUUAUCAUUUUUAUGAUUGCUCUUUUCGUUGAAAGUAUAUUUCUUUUAAACUUUUAUUGUAGUAUUUUGUGUCCUGGAAAAUAAAGGCAUUGAUUUUUUUUUCCAACUGUAUGUUUUUGAUUGUUUUUAUACACACACCAUCUGUUAGAGUUUGUGGAUGCGAAGAAAUAAAAUGUUCUUUUAAUUCUUUA